ACAAUUAUAUCACCUCAUAAAAUAAACUACUUGAUAAUUAAUAGACUAUGAAAAAUAGGAGGGAAAUACACAAUCUGCGUGCUAUUAACGCGAAUGCAAGAUGAGAGGGGAUGACAGUGACAAUAAUGAAUAAUGCAUAUGAUGCAAUACAUUACCUCAGCUAUAUUCAUCGAACUCUUACUUAACUUCAAGCCCUGUUAGAAACUCUCAAAAAAAAGCAUGGGAGGUUCUGCAUGGAGAGAACAUGAUAAAAAUGCACUUUAAGCGGUCUGUAAUAAUUGAUUAGCAUUUAGGUACCUCUGCUCCCUCCGCUAACGCUGGAGAGGAGUAUGGGGUGGGGGGCUCCAAUUUCAGCCCCUGACGUACUCCCUCCAGGGAGGAAACGGAGCUGCAAACUCAAUACUGCUCCGCUGCCAGGGUAUAGGGCAGUGGGAGAACCAAUCAACGAAUCGCGCAGCGCUCUCUUUAAGCCUGACAUAUCUCCAACAGGAACAAAUUGUCCCAACAAUCAACAUCCGAAUCUCCCGUGCGCAUCAGGGGUUGAGUGGAUAUUACCCGGGCGGAUUGCACUGGGUUCUGGAACACAAUAACAAACCAGUGAAGAAUAUAUAGACAGAAAAACAAUAGACUCUCGGCAUCCUUCUGGAUAUCACCGUUGGGCUGGGGACCCGACAUCAUGUCAAUACUACCUUCGUUUGGGUUUACCCAGGAACAAGUCGCCUGCGUCUGCGAGGUCCUGCAACAAGGAGGGAACCUGGAGAGGCUCGGUCGUUUUCUCUGGUCUCUCCCAGCGUGUGACCACCUCCACAAGAAUGAAAGUGUACUGAAAGCAAAGGCAGUGGUCGCCUUCCACCGAGGGAACUUCAGAGAGCUCUAUAAGAUCCUGGAGAGCCACCAGUUUUCCCCGCACAACCAUCCCAAGCUGCAGCAGCUGUGGCUGAAAGCGCACUACGUGGAGGCGGAAAAAUUGCGCGGCCGACCGCUUGGAGCCGUGGGGAAGUAUAGGGUCCGCAGGAAAUUCCCUCUGCCCCGCACGAUCUGGGACGGCGAGGAGACCAGCUAUUGCUUUAAGGAGAAGUCAAGGGGUGUUCUGAGAGAGUGGUACACGCAUAACCCCUAUCCCUCCCCGCGAGAGAAAAGGGAGCUGGCCGAGGCCACGGGACUGACCACUACGCAGGUCAGCAAUUGGUUCAAAAACAGACGCCAGAGAGACAGAGCCGCAGAAGCUAAAGAAAGAGAGAACAGCGAAAACAAUAACUCCGGCAACAACAAACAGAACCAGCUGUCUCCCCUCGACGGCGGCAAGUCGCUCAUGUCCAGCUCGGAAGAUGAGUUCUCUCCACCACAAAGCCCUGAUCAGAACUCUUUGCUUUUGCUCCAGGGAAAUAUGAGUCACCCCGGCGUCUCCUCUUACCCUAUGACGGGCCUCGGUGGCGCACAGGCGCUGCACGGAAUGCACGGACACCCGCACCAACUCCAAGACUCGUUGCUGGGACCUCUAACAUCGAGCCUUGUGGAUCUAGGUUCCUAAAGGCAAACUGAUACUAUCUUUGAAAAGACUGAUAACUCUACCAGAUUGAGUAGGCCUACAUAUAUGAAAUUACACUAUGGUAACUUAUAACUAGACUGACUUUUGUCUGUCGUUACAUUUGGUUAGAACUAUAACGCAGUUCCUUUAUGCGCUUAUCCGAUUUAGGAGGUACCCUCCUGGCCGUUAAAAUACAAUCAAGCCCCCUUUUACGAACUUAUGUCAACGAGACACUUAAACUGGACUGCCCUUUUGCUUAAUUUAUGAUAUUUUUGUUCAGAUUAAAUGUAUAGCAACUUCCUGCUAUGGAAACUAAGAAACAACGUUUUCAUUAGAAUCAUAAUAAUGAGUUUCCAAUAAAACAAAAAAGACGUCA